ACACCUGUUUCCAGGAGGUCUUCACGCAAUAGUUAAGGUUUCUUAUACACCACAUACGGAGCAGAACAGAACCAAGGCAAAAAAUAAACAACUGGGAUGAGAAAAGGACUGAAAAGUGGUUGAUUUUCAAAGGAACAUCUAUGCAGUUUGCAUGUUUUCAGAUAAACCAUGUCACUUUCUACUGAAUUCCUGUCAGAAGAUCAGUUUACCUGCUCUAUUUGCUUGGAUAUCUUCACCAAUCCUGUCUCCACACCCUGUGGCCACAGCUUCUGCCUAUCAUGCAUCACAUCCUACUGGGAAGGUCAGGUAAAAACCUGCCUCUGUCCUCUGUGCAAGGAGAGCUUCCGCAAGUGCCCUGAGCUCCACAUUAAUCACACACUUAAGGAGAUCACUGAACAGUUUAAACGGAUGGCAGAGUCCACUGGGAGUCCUAGGAGUUUAACUGCAGACACGCCGACCAAUACUUUUUCUGUACUAAAGCCUGGGGUACAGCACAAACCAGAGCUCCCUGAAAGGCUAUUUUCAGAGAUGAGAAGCCGCUUCCAAAAAUCUGCAUCCAGUGAUUCUGUGGUAUCUCCACAGCCUUUGUUGGCUUCAAAUGAUUCUUAUUCUUCACCUGUUUUCAUGGCACCUAAACAGAGCCCUAGUGUGAUUCGAACCAAUGGAGGUAGUUCCAGUGGGCCACAGUGUCCCAGACACGGGCAGAAUUUGGAACUAUUCUGCAAGAAUGACCAGACAUCCAUUUGUGCAUUAUGUGCAGAGAGGGAGCAUCAGGGGCAUUCUGUAGUGGAUGCCAAGAGAGAUAUGACUAUUAAGAAGUCCCAGUUGCGUAUCAUGGAGGUGGAGUUGCAGGGUUUGAUCACAGUCAGAGAGAAGAAGAUAGAGGAGAUCCAAACAUCACUAGCAGAAAUUCAAGUGAAUGCAGAGCGAGAGGCAGUGGGUACUGUGCGUAUGUUUGGUGCCUUGAUGAGUGCUGUUGAGAGGUCCCAGGCUGAGCUUCUGGAGGUGGUGGAGAUGGGACGCCGUGCUGCAGAGCUUCGCUCUCAGGCCUUCAUCCGAGACCUGCAGAUGGAGAUCUCUGAACUAAGAAAAAGAUGCAGCACCCUCAAUCAGCUUGUCCAGUCCCAAGAUCAUUUAACUUUCUUUAAGACAUAUCCAGUCUAUAGUAGUUUCCCUGUGACAAAGAGCUGGGCAGAAGUGGCCUUGACCCCUGAUCCUACUUCAGGGGUAGUGUUGAGAAACGUCACUCAGAUGGUGGAGGAGUUUCAGGAAAGGCUGCAGAGAUUGUCAGAGAUCUGUUUGCACUCUACCACAGAAAACUCACUAGAAAAUGAUCAAACAAAACUGUGGAGAGUGCAGGAAUAUGCAAUGGACUUUACCCUAGAUCGAGACUCAGCCCAUCCACGUUUGAUCAUCUCUGAGGAUGGUAAACAAGUGCGCUGCAGUGACCGCUACCAAAAUGUGGCCGAUACACCCGAGCGGUUUGAUCGUGUGGUGUGUGUACUUGGAUGCCUAGGUUUUAGCUCUGGCCGCCAUUACUGGGAGGUCCAGGUGGGCGAGAAGACAGACUGGGAUCUGGGCAUGGCUAGCCGCUCCAUCAACAGGAAAGGGAAAAUAGCCGCUAGCCCAGCUAAUGGUUUUUGGUUCUUAAGUCUGCGUGACAAACAGGAUUAUGUCUUUCGCACAGAACCAUCAACACCUAUAUACCUAAACCCAAAACCCCAGCGUAUCGGUGUGUUUGUGGACUAUGAAAAAGGUCAAAUGUCCUUUUUUAAUGCAGAUACAAAGUCACAGAUUUUUACCUUCUCAGACACAUUUACAGACACUUUAUAUCCCUUCUUCAGCCCGUGCACUAACAAGUCUGGCAAAAAUGAGGCGCCCCUUAUCAUAUGUCCUACCUAUCUAGCUGACCGAAGCUGGCUGACUGAAAAAUUAAACAAUAUGGGAUGGAAAUAAAAAAAAGCAUACAUGGUACAUUCAAUUUAUUUAAUUCCAAAAUGUUUUAAACACAAAUUAUUGCUUACAUUGUAAAGAAGUUAGCAUAGCAUGGCUUUCUAUGUUAUGUAAUACAAUUUAAAUAUGCCCUUACAAAAUGGGAAGGGAAUAUGGGGAUAGUUUACUAUUAACAUGAUCAAUUCACUGGCUUGAUGAAUUCAAUGUCAAACAACAUGUAAAACUGUAAUCCAAUUGAAGUAUAAUUCAUUUUACUAUGUCUUUUUAUAUAUAGAAUUUGAUUUAACAAGGAAUAAAAACAUAGGUGGUAAUGCUAUUUGAGCCCCUGAUUGUAAUAUGACUUCCUAUUUCCUUUGUAUUUAAAUCAGCCAAGCAUAAAAAUGUUCAAAUGAUUUUGUGUGUUAU